AUGGUUGCAACAUUUUCGCCGCACCGGGAUGCGGGUGGCACGCUUCACCUGCCCUCGCACUCGGGCAUUCACCAUGUUGAUGCUAGUUCGGCCAUCCGGCAACUCCGCCGUUCGUUGUCCCGGUCGCCCUCCAAGGGCUCGAAUUUCUCCCUGCUCACCUCGCGCAACCACUCACCGUCUAAAUCCACCACACCAUACGUCUCGUCUCCACUGUCGCCGUCGCGCCGGUCCGGCCAGGGCAACUUUGUACUGCUCCCAAGCACAUCCCAGCAGUCUCCCUUUGCCGUGCCUUAUCCACCAAGCGCCAAAAUCACCCGGCCGGCCAUGCGGCGGACACGCACUUCUCCCCGCAGCCCGGUGAAGCGUGUCUUGAACGUUUCGACCGAUCAGGGCAACGCAAAGCCUCUGCAGCCAGUUCUGGCGCCUUCUGGGGAGGAGAAUUCACCUUCGACUCCCGAAAUUGACAUCGAGACUACUCCCGACCAACCAGCAGAGGAUGUCUGUCAGCACAACGUUUCGGCGUUUGCAGAGAAUGCGCUGGGCCCACGGCCAACCCUAUCCCGUAUUGAGAAGCGCCGGAGCGGAACGUUUUCGUACGGAGCGGUUAGCCCUCUGAAACGCAGCGAUGGUACUAUGAACUUGGAUCAGGCUUCCCGUGGCAGUCCGUCCGCAAAACGGCGCAGCGUCUACACACCCAACAUGCCUGGCGAGUUCAGUAUCUUUGACAACGACAACGAUGAUGCCCUCAUGAUGGGUGACGAACCACUUGAGACUGAGUCUGAAGAUGACAUGCCGCCGCCGCCAGCCCCGGUUUCGCCGUUCAGCCCUUUUGCAACUGUCCCAAAACGGUCGUGUUCCCUUCGACGCUCAACGCUGCAACAACGCCAGAAUGAUCGCCCUUCUCUCUUUGGUACACCUGCUGCACCAUCUCGUCCACGCCUAGAUUCAAAUCUGUUCCAACCCAGCAAGGAAAGCCUUUUCUCGCCAAAACCGGAAUCGAGCAGCUCGCUGUUUGCGACGUCCUUGAACAAUGCGGCGUCUCGCCAGGGCCCUCAUCCUUUAUCGCGGACCAUCACCCAAUCGUCAUCCAGUUCGAGCCUUGUCGAUGACUCGCCAACCCACGAACCCGCUCACAAGAGUGAGCGGCCGCGAGGCAUCGAAUUUUCCAAGUCUCUCCCCGCGGGAGCUACGCGCCCUGCACCCGUCCGCCGGUUAAACCGUGAGGAUUCGAAUAUGUCCUCAGAGUCAUUUGCCACCCCUGAGAACUACAAGCUUGUUAAGCCGCUGCCGGCGGCGUUCAUGUCGACGGGUUUGAUCUCCAAGAAGAAUCGGAAUGCCGAAGACCCCCAGCACUCGCUGCGAUCCAGCAAGAACAUGCCGGACACGCCAUGCAAGCGGCCCAUCAACCUGUUCCCCACUGCCCCAAAACCAUCCGAGGCAGUGCCUCCAUCUCCGUUUAACCCUCCGACCACCAGUCGCCCGAAGCCGGGCCCUUUUGCGCGUGGCAUGGGGAUUUUCGGCAACAGUUUCAACAAGCCUGACCUUUCGCGUCGCAGUAGCUUUGUGAGUAUCGACGGUGACGACGUACAGGCCCAAUCGCCUUCGGCCCGGUUCGACAGCCAAGCUCUGAGUGAAUUGGAAUUGCCUCCCACACCCACCAAACAGUCAUUCUUCCCAUCGCGAACAUAUCCGCCAACGUCCUCCCAGAUUGCUUCUUUGGAGAAGUUGUCGGAAAGCAGAGCGAGUCCUGUGAGUGAGAAGAUUCUGCGUGGAUCACCGCGGACGCCACAGGACCACAUCUUCCCCCCCGAUCCUAGUGGCUUGUCCAUCACUGCGCAGAAUGAGCCAUAUUCCAUUGGGACAGAUUUCAACGCCUCCAACCUCCCUGCAACUCCAACUGGACCUCGUGAUUCUUUCCUGCUGGCCGGGAAACGCUCAAGUCUCCAGUUGACUGGAUUCAACGCCCCCGACGUCGAUCCAGCCUUGACAUCUCGUUUCCAAAAUGUGGAGCUCAUCGGCACCGGUGAAUUCUCGCAGGUCUUUCGGGUCGCUCAACCACAUGGCGAGCCCUCUGUCUUCUCCCUCCCGCCAACCGGACCAAAGUCCCCAGAUUCGCUGCCCAGCCAAGUAUGGGCUGUCAAGAAGGCCAAACAACCAUACUCGGGAUUGAGGGACCGUGAGCGCCGUAUCCGGGAAGUGGACGCCCUGAAAACGCUCACCAACUCGGACCAUGUCAUUUCUUUCGUCGACAGUUGGGAAGCUAGCGGCCAUCUGUACAUCCAGACUGAGUUCUGCGAGGAAGGAAGUCUUGAUAUAUUCCUGGCUGAGGUUGGACUCAAAGCCCGACUGGAUGAUUUCCGCAUCUGGAAGAUUCUGUUGGAACUGGCUUCAGGCGUUAAACAUAUCCAUGACAUGGGUUACAUUCACCUCGAUCUCAAACCGGCCAAUAUAUUGGUAUCCUUUGAGGGUGUGUUGAAAAUUGCUGACUUUGGCAUGGCAACCAGAUGGCCAGCUGAAGAAGGUAUCGAGGGUGAAGGUGACCGCGAAUACAUUGGCCCGGAAAUUUUGAUGGGCCAGUUCGACAAGCCGGCCGACAUGUUCUCCCUCGGCCUGAUCAUCUUUGAAAUUGCCGGGAACGUUGAGCUUCCCGACAACGGCGUUUCAUGGCAGAAACUCCGGAACGGCGACAUGAGCGAUGUCCCCAGCUUGAGUUUCAGUUCGGACUCCUACGUCUGUCGAGACGCCUCUGGCAACCCAGUUUCGGAGGAACCUUCCUUCGAAGACCUUUGUGCCUCUGACUGUGGUGAUGAUGACUUUGGAGUGGGUAGCUUCAUGGGAGGCCGCAAACCCAAGCCAGUCCCUAUGCCUCGUAGUGGGGAUUUGGUGAAUCCUCCUGAGUUCAUGGUUGAUGCAGACCAUGAACAGGCAUUGGAUAAGAUUGUCGGGUGGAUGAUCUCGCCCGAUCCGCUUCAGCGUCCCACAGCCGACCAGGUACUGCAGACGUAUGGCAUCCAGUUUGCUGAACAUCGUCGUCGGGCCGGAGCCACAAUCUACGAAGGCAACUGGGGUCCUGCAGAUGAGAUCCUCGCCGAAGACGCCGAGAUGAUGGAUGUCUGA